CAGAGGUCACAUGAUACAUGGAGUUAUGGUGGACAUAAUAGUGAUUGCCAAACACCAUUUCUAUGUCACUUUUCUUUGACGUCGUCAUUCAUCAAAACAAAUUUGUAUGAUAACUAUAUAAUGGGAGAAGCUGCAUCCGCCGCAUCCAGCACCGCACAGUACUCACAACUUCAAGUGACAGUGAAUUCUGCUAAGAUCACAGGUAGUGGUGGUGUUUUCUCCUCCAAACCAGAUCCAUUUGUUGAAAUCAGUGUUGAUUCUCAGCCCCCACGAAAGACUGAUGCCCAGAAAAAGACCAUCAGCCCUAAGUGGGACGACGACUUUACUCUGUUGGUUACCCCGUACUCCCGGUUAGAUGUCAGAGUACAGAGUCAAAAUACCAUCCGGGCACCCUCCCUACUGGGUCAAGUUUCUGUAGAGCUGUAUAACAUCCUGCUGGAAAACCAUGGAAAAUUGAAUAAUCUGUCCAAGUCAUUUGAAAUCAAACUUGAUGGAAAAGGAAAAACAGGAGAAGUUGUUCUCACUUUUAGUGGAAUGGACGUAAACAUGACCAGGUUCCCAAAGAGAAAUGAGAGACGACAGACAAAUGCUAGUCGUAAUGACAAGAAAAGUAGAGGACAAGUAUCCAGUAAUUCCAAUGCCUCCGGAUCAAGGACCCGCCGCGCCCCUCCUGUACCUCCGGCCCCUAAGAGGACAGUCCAGACAGGGGGUUCUGCUAGCUCCACAACUGUAGCAGCCUCCGCCGCUGCAAGUACCACACCAUUAGUACAACAAAAUGGUUCAGUGCCUACAACAAAUGGCCCUGGGGGAGGAACCCAUUCAGAUGAAACAGAAGGGUCAGGACCCGCAGGAAAUCCCACCCAAGCCCAGCAAAAUCAGUCAACUAGCAACGAACCACUCCCAGCUGGUUGGGAGAUGCGAACUGAUGCACAUGGCCGAUCCUACUAUGUUGACCAUAACACACGUACUACAACAUGGGAGAGACCACAGCCGCUCCCUCCUGGCUGGGAAAGACGUGUGGAUUCCCGUGGUCGUGUGUACUAUGUUGAUCAUAAUACACGAACCACCACAUGGCAGAGACCCAACACGGAUAUGUUGAACAACUACAGCGCGUGGCAGGAUCACCGCAACAACCGAAACAUCGCUUUGGAACAUCUUCAGAACCGGUUUCUGUUUCCAAAUCCACAGACUGUGGCCCCAGACAAUGAUCCUCUUGGGCCUCUGCCAGACGGAUGGGAGAAGCGUAUAGAUCCCAAUGGACGAGUCUACUUUGUUAAUCACAAGAACAGAACAACUCAGUGGGAAGACCCUAGGACACAGGGAAUUAUACAGGAAGACCCACUGCCUGAAGGCUGGGAGAUGAGGUACACUGCAGAUGGUGUGAGGUACUUUGUAGACCACAACACCAAGUCCACAACAUUCCAGGAUCCUAGGGGAGGGCAGGGCAAAGGACCCAAAGGAGCCUAUGGAGUGCCUUUACAGUAUGAGAGGAGCUUCCGCUGGAAGCUGGGACAAUUCCGAUACCUGUGUACUUCUAAUGCCCUGCCAGGCCAUGUCAAAAUCACUGUGUCCAGGGAUAAUCUGUUUGAAGACUCAUUUCAACAGAUAAUGAGACUCCAGCCAUUUGAUUUGAGGAGGAGAUUGUACAUUAUAUUCAAGGGAGAAGAAGGUUUAGAUUAUGGUGGAGUAGCAAGAGAAUGGUUUUUCCAUCUUUCCCAUGAUGUGCUGAACCCUAUGUACUGUCUGUUUGAGUAUGCCAGCACCAAUAACUACUGUUUACAGAUCAAUCCAGCCUCAAGUGUCAACCCCGACCAUCUUGUCUACUUUAGGUUUAUAGGCAGAUUAAUCGCCAUGGCACUUUAUCAUGGAAAGUUUAUAGACAGUGGGUUUACACUACCUUUCUACAAGAGGAUGUUGAGCAAAAAGUUGUACCUUAAGGACAUAGAAACGAUAGAUUCGGAAUUUUACAACUCUCUUGUAUGGAUAAGGGACAACAACAUAGAGGAAUGUGGCUUGGAGCUGUUCUUUACUGCUGACUUUGAGGUCCUCGGUAAGGUGGAACAGCAUGAUCUGAAAGAAGGUGGCUCAGACAUCAGUGUCACAGAGGAAAACAAGGAGGAGUAUAUCGAUUUGAUGACAAACUGGCGAUUUUCUCGAGGGGUAGAAGAGCAGAGCAAGGCUUUCUUGGACGGCUUCAGUGAAGUAGUUCCUCUGCAGUGGCUGCAGUACUUUGAUGAGAGAGAACUAGAGUUGAUGUUGUGUGGUAUGCAAGAGAUUGAUGUUGAUGACUGGGAAAGAAACACAAUUUAUAGGCAUUACCAGAGGAACACCAAACAGGUCAUGUGGUUCUGGAAGUUUGUAAGGGAAAUUGACAACGAGAAGAAAAUCCGUUUGUUACAAUUUGUUACCGGAACGUGUCGACUUCCUGUGGGAGGAUUCGCAGAACUAAUGGGGAGCAAUGGUCCACAGAGAUUCUGUAUAGAGAAGGUUGGGAAGGAGACCUGGUUGCCACGGAGUCACACAUGCUUUAAUAGACUAGACUUACCUCCAUAUAGAAGUUAUGAACAAUUAUUCGAAAAAUUAACUAUGGCAAUUGAAGAGACAGAAGGCUUUGGACAAGAAUAACGACUGGAUUGUUUUGCUAUGGAGUCCGUCUUUCAGAGCAUAUCUGGAACUUUGUGGGUCAUUGGUCACAUUGAUGAUAAUGAAUUACGUUUAUACCCAUCAGACAUCUGUGAUCGUUUUUCUCUUUUCCGUAUUCUGUCCAAGACCAGGUUUUGAUUGGUUAUUUGAUGUGGACAAUUCUCUCAUUUCUUGUGUUUGUUAAAAAAAAUGGUUUUAGUAAUAACAUUUUUUGCUCAAUUUUCUUUUACUAGUGAAAACAAUUUCUGUUACAGUGCAAAAUUUGGUAGCAUUUUAAUAUUUAAGUGACUCUAGUUUGGUUGGUUUUUAUGUGUAUCUGUUGUAUUACUUGCAGUCCUUUCAAUUGAAAAUUUUAUUUGAUGCUGGGGUUUGUCAACAGUGAAUCAGCCAUUGUGUCAAGUUUUGUGAAUCAUGGAUGAAUGUGAGGGUUGUAUAUAUAUGCGUGUGAGCAACAUGAGUUUCAGAAUGGACAAUGCUUUUGGAGGGGGGAUAUUGAUGUGAAUAUUGUUUGAGCAUGGCUCUUAGUGCUGUUUUCCUUUUGACAGUUACAUUUUUAUUUGCAAAAGGAGCAUUUUAUAAAUGCUCUGAUGAGCAUUUUAUAAAUGCUCUGAUUAGUUAUCUGUGAUAGGUCUCUGACUUUGAAAAAGAGAAAUUCUUUGUGACAGACCUUUGAUGAAAUAGUGUACAAGGUACAUAUAUAUUUGGGGGGAAUAAGGUGUAACUGAAGAAGCCCGCAUAUCUGGUUUUCAAUAAAAUUGCAUAAGAAAUAUCAAACUUACUAAAUUCAUAUAAUUAGUAUAUAACAUAUCUUCAAGCUUUGCAGUAUAUUCCAAAUGAAUUGGGUUUGUUAUAAAGUACAAUUGCCCAAUUUCAAAUUCCCGGUUAGCAUGUGUUAGCUUAUGAUUAUGAUUGAAAAAGCAAAAAGCAUUUUAUCUUUGAUUGUGGUGUCUGGGUAUAUUUGUUUUAUAUAGGUAAUCUAUAGGAGCUUUGUCCCACUGAAAGCAGGGAUCAUUAUUAUAGAGCAAUUCAUUCCAAUUUAGAUUUAUCAUGAUUGUCCUACAUAAAUUUUUUUUUUUUUUUUUUUUUUGGUAAUAUGUGGUGUAUAGAACAUUAAGUUUCCAUCAAAAAGACAAAUUAUCUCCCCCUGGUUCUCCAAAGAUAAUGCAUGAAACAUGUUUAAUGUUGUGUGCUUUCUCUCCAAUAAAGGAUAACAGAGUUAUCUGAUUUAUUUUUUUAUUAUCUCAUGGUGGCACUUUUUAUUCACUAAACAAUUGGUUUUGAAAUUUAUAUGAAGUAUAUAUUGUCUUCCUAGAAAUGAAAAUGAUUUUUGUUAAAAAUUUUAUAGAUGAAUUAAAACCCAAAGACUUACAGAAGCAUAUUUCAAAAUCUAGGUAUGGUAUUAAAACUUUGUAUAUCGGAUUAUAUAAUACAUUUCCACCCCAGUAGUCAGAAUCAUAGGACCAUAUACUAAAAUGCUUUGAUUUUUGAUCAAUUUUGUAUGUGUUCUAAUUCCUUGUUACAGUUGCAUAAAGUAUUGUUGUAACUUGUUUUUACUAUUUGUAAUGCAAUAUUGUCUGUUUUCAUGGAAUGAAUUGAUGUAAAAAUGUAUGCAUUAUUUAUUACAUUUAUCUUUGUAAAGCUAUGAUACCGACACACCAAACAUUUAGUGAUCUAAUGUACAAAAUUUUACUGCAAAUGCACAUCAGUUAUUUGACACGAGUCAUCUGUCUUGUUGAUUUAGGAUGUGUAUUUGAACGUAUCUUACCUUGUAUAUUGAUGUUCAUCAUACAUAUACAGAUGUAUCAUACUCAUUCUUUCAAAAACAGUGUGUUUGCUUUCUUCUAAUUCACCAACAUUCAGACCUUCAAAUAUUGGUAAAUAUAUAUUGUUUUUAUGAUAUAAACAAUGUUGAAUUAAACAAUAGGGAUAUAAUUGUUAUCAAUCAGUCGAUUGAAGGUCAAUCAUAAAAUUGUAUAAAAGAAUGAAAAUUU